UUACAUAAUACAUAAAUUUGUAGUGAUAUUUUUGCAGUGUUGUGAUCCAUCACGAUUCACGGACUUAGUGUGUUGUGUUACCCCUUACGUUAUAUUUACAUGUGAAAAUGGCGUUCCGUAUAUUGGCUGUUGGCGCUAAUAGAGAAGACAUGGAGAAGCAUGUUCGUUUUAGCUCAUUUCUUAGCAAGUAUUCUUCGAUUACUUCAUCUUUGCUGAAACUAGACAGUGUACUUUUUCCAUCAGUUACUCGUUUGGAGUUGUCUAAAAAAGAUUACGAUUAUAUGAGCAUUUCAGCUGUGUUUGAAUAUGGCAAUAAACCUUGUACUUAUGACCAUGUGGUACUGGCUACCGAUUCCACAUUUUGCAGAACCGGGUCAGAUGCGUCACCGCUUUUAGAAAAGUUACAUGAAGCUUUAACACCCAAUGGCACUAUCGUUAUAAUUCUUCCCCAUUCUAAUCCAAAUGAAAAUGUCGUUAAGAAGGAGUGUAUGUACACAGGAUUCGUGGAACUGACGUUUUUCGAGCACAAUAAUUUUAAGUGGAUUGUUGGUAAACGGCCCAAUUGGGCUCCUGCACAACGUUCACUGACUCGAGGUACUCUAAAAGUCGUUUCUUUGGACGACUACAUUCCCUCUGCUCCAGCAGCUGAAUCAUGUGACACUAAACCUAGACCAUGUGCAAAUUGCAAUUGUGGACGCGCUGAACGUGUUAAUACCGAUGCAAAGGAAUCAACGGUUAACGCUGAUGGGCCAACUUCAAGCUGUGGCAAGUGCUAUCUUGGUGAUGCCUUUCGUUGCGCAAACUGCCCAUAUCGGGGCAUGCCGGCUUUCGCACCGGGAGAUAAGAUACGUCUAGAAUGACGAUGAGAUAUAUAAUAUCGUUCUUAAUACACAACUAUGU